UUACAACGCAACAAAGGAAGAACAGAACAACAAAUCGCUCUCCUCUCUCUCUCUUCUCUCUCAAUCGUCUCUACAUUAUCAUCACCACCACCACUACUUACUGUGUGAGAGAGAUCCUCUUGAUUUCUAGGUUUUUCUCAAUCUGAAGAAAUCUCUGUGAAGCUAUUGAAAUCUGGAGAAAUCUGGAGACAUUCUGGGUUUAUUCAUCGUCUUCCCACUGCGAUUUCGUUCAGAGAGGAGGGAGAAAUCGAGAUCUCGAUCGAUGGGUCUCUAGUGAUUGAGAUUUGGAAGACCAUCGUUGCUAAAAGAGAUCACCUUUCGGGUUUCUUAAACUCCAAAUCCAAUGGAGGAUUGACAGCGCAACAUUCUAGGGUUUCUCGAUUCCUCUCUCUCAAUGUACUCGAAGCAGUUCAUCAUCCCUUUCUCCCUCCUCCUCUCCCUCCCAAUCAUCUUCUUCCUCUUCAUCGCCCCUCAUGUCUUCCCCUCCCCACCACCCGCCGAAUCCCUCAUCCCAAUCUCCGACGAGAUCUCCGACCAAACCCUCUUCUCCUCCGCCGCCGCCUCCUCAACCUCCCUCUCCCACCUCUCCUCCGCCUCUCCCAAGCUCAAGAUCGCCUUCCUCUUCCUCACCAACUCCGACCUCCACUUCGCCCCGAUCUGGGACCGCUUCUUCUCCUCCCACCCCAAGUCCCUCUACAACGUCUACGUCCACGCCGACCCCUUCGUGAACAUCACUCGCCCCCAAAAAGGCUCAGUCUUUGCAAACGCAUUCAUCGCAAACGCGAAACGCACCGCGCGAGCCUCCCCGACGCUAAUCUCCGCCACGCGCCGCCUCCUCGCCACCGCCUUCCUCGACGACCCGGCCAACACCUACUUCGCCGUCCUCUCCCAGUACUGCGUCCCUCUCCACUCGUUCCGCUACGUCUACGCCUCCCUCUUCGAGUCCCCGACCUUCGACAAAACGUCCGACCCGGAUCCGAGCCCGGGAGGCGUCCGGGUCAUGUUCCGGACAUUCAUCGAGCUCAUCUCCGACGAGCCGAGGCUCUGGAAACGCUACAACGCUAGGGGAAGGUACGCUAUGCUCCCCGAGGUCCCCUUCGAUAAGUUCCGUGUUGGUUCUCAGUUCUUCGUAAUGACGAGGAGGCACGCGCUGCUGACGAUCAAAGAUCGGGUCUUGUGGAGGAAGUUCAAGCUCCCGUGCUACCGCUCCGACGCGUGUUACCCCGAGGAGCAUUAUUUUCCGACUUUGUUGAACAUGAAGGAUCCGGAGGGGUGUACUGGGUAUACCUUGACGCAGGUGAACUGGACUGGGACUGUGAAAGGGCAUCCUUAUACUUAUAGACCGAAAGAAGUGGGGCCUGGGCUGAUCAAGAGACUCAGGAGGUCGAGCCACUCGAGCUCUUACCUUUUUGCUCGCAAGUUUACUCCUGAUUGCUUGAAGCCGUUGCUGGCUAUUGCGGACUCGGUGAUUUUCAGAGAUUAAGUUUUGCCUGGAAAAGUUUUUUGUGAAUUUCUCGUGUGCAAGCAAGUGGCAUGAGAAAUAUUAGAGAAGUUUUUUUUGGACCGGAGAAGUAUUUAAGGCAGGUUUCACGUUGGGGUGAAGAACAAAAAUCACUUUCAGGAUUAAAGAAGAGACGAGGCGAAAAAAGAUUAUCCUUGGGGAGGCUUGAAACAAAUAAACCAGUUUUCCUGGUACUUCAAGCGCACCUACCCCCUUGUGAGUUGUUGUCACAUUAUAUAUAUAUCACACGAAAACAAAAGAUUAAGCAGCCACUUUUGAGAUUAUCUAAGUUGUAAUUUUUAUAAUUCUUUUGGUUCUUUUGGAUCUGGUGAUGUACAUAAGCAAGAUAUUUUUUACCCCCUCCCAAGGUGUUGGGUCUGUACCAUUAUGGUUUUGUGUCAAGGAUUAUCUAAGAAGAGAGAACAUGCUAUUUUCUUGGUC